UUUCUUGUCCUAUCCAUUACAUGUACCUAUCCAUUAUUAACAAUGAAUCAUUUUUCUCUACUGGUAUUCCACCUUUAUCAGUCAUUACAAUAUGUAUUCCUUGUAUCAAAUUAGUCAUAUUAAUUUUUUUUCUGUAUAAUAUAUCCAAGAAAACUCAGAAAAAAACUCAGAAGAAAACUCAAAGAAGUCACUAAACACGAACAAACCAAAUUCUAAGAUCGUUACUUAAUUUAAAUUUGCGCGGUUCGAACUUACUCUUGUAACCCUCCUCGAAAUUAGAGUUAUAAGAGUUAACUCCGGGUACUUGAAAUUUUUGAACGAUUAGGCUCCGCCCAUUUAGUAAAUUACACCACAUUUUGGAACGACGUUGAGUUAACUCCGCUACUCCGAGUAGAGUUUUGGAACGCACCCCUAGAAAGAGAAAACUUGACACCCCUUUCCUAAAGAAAGAGAGAGAAAGAUCUUACAAUGGCUUCUCGUGUUUUACGUGUUUACGGGACUAUAAGAAAUUCGUUGAGAAAUGGACAAAUUAUAAACAAUGAUAUAUAUAAUUCACUGUCUGCCAAACACUCAUAUCUGUUAAAAACUUACGUUCCUUUGGUACAUGAAGUAAGAAAUACAACAUUUUUCUCAAGAAAGACUGCGGAUCAAUUGUGGAAAGGUGUUACAAGUGUCAGUAAUGCAGGAAGACAUAGAGGUAGAGCAAAAGGAUUACCAAGAAAAAGAGAUUUGAACAAGGGACAGAUUAUUGGUGUAGGAAAAGUUCCUAUACAAUUUCCUGGCCUAAAUACUCCUAUAUUUAGAGGGAGAGAACUAGUUCAACAACAGAAAUUGCCUGUGGAUCCUGAAAGGGAGGAAAAGUUAGCAAAAUUACGGCAAAGUCAAAUUAAGCCAAAACGAAUAAAACUUUCUCCAUUGGAACGUGGUUGGACAAGUGUUUCAAUAGGUGGCAGAAAAAUUGGACCACCUGAUCCUAUUGGAGAAGAUAUUUUUGACAAUUUUGAGACUUGGGUCUUGGAAAGUAAAAUGGUGAGUUGUAUGACUAGUAAUUUAGGAUGCAAAAAUCGGAUCAGUGCAUUUGUUGUGACAGGAAAUAGAAAUGGACUAGCUGGCUUUGCAUUAGCAAAAGCAUCUGUAAGUAAAGCUGCUUUAAAGACAGCUAAGAAUAGAGCAGGUCAGAAGCUGAUGUAUAUUCCUAGAUAUAAAGAUCACACUGUGCUACAUAAUUUUUACACACAGUUUGGAAGAACAAAAAUAUUUGUAACGAAAAAAUAUGAAGGAUACGGGCUUAUUUGUCAUCGUGCAAUAAAAGCAUGUUGUGAGGCAAUUGGCAUAAAAGACCUAUAUGCCAAAGUGGAAGGAUCUAAGAAUUUGCAGCAUAUUAUAAAGGCGUUUUUUAUCGGUUUGUUGCAACAGAAAUCGCAUCAACAAAUGGCGGAUGAGAAACGUUUACAUUUGGUCGAGUUUAGAGCUGAAAACGGUAACUAUCCUAUAGUAGUUGCUUCACCAUCAGUAGUAAGGAAAUCAGAGGAAAUACCAGUGAGCGAGAUUCUUGAUUUUCAUCAAUAUAUAAUGGAUGGUAGAGUAAUAUUACAAAAAAAGAAACGUGAGCCAUUUUAUACCAGACACAACUCUUGGAUACUAAAAACGAGGAAAAUGGAGCGUAUAAGAAAUCAUGAUGAUACAAGCAUAAAAUUAAGGGCAGAAUAUGGAGGACUGCACAGUUUUCUAACCGAAAAGUAUCCAGAGGCAAGAUUACUUCCUCCUAAAAAGCGAAGCGAAGAUAACGAGACAGUAGAGUAAAGAACAUAUAAUUGUUAUAAUAUAAUGUA